ACCGGGCACGUCCUCGGCGAUGGCGUCACAGCUUCAGGCCGUGCUGCUCGUGUCUGUGGCCGUGCUCGGGCAGAGCAGCCGGAUGGACAUCGCGCUGCACAGCCAGCUGGGCAUCGAGGAGGCCGUCGCAGAGGCCAGCAAUUCGAGCUCCCAGGGCACCUACACGUGCGAGUGCGACGACAAGCAGGUGAUGAAGAUGGGGCACAUGGCGGCGGUAGCCCUGGGCGCCUUCCCGUGCCUGCAGAGGUGCGGCGAGAUGGGUGCCCAUACCUACUGCGUCUACGUCUCCUCGCGCCACGGCGGGAGGACGUGCCACCCCGUGCCGCCCAAGGAGAAGUUCUGCGUGAAGACAAAGUGCGAGCAGGGUGUGCUCUCCUUCGGCCAGUGCACCGACCCCUUCGACGUCACGGAAGAGGUGGUCGCGUACAAGAGCGACCUCGUCGGGGCUUAUUUUGCCCGCGAGGCCGCGCGCAAGUGCAGUGGGUGGUGCACCGAGACGCAGGACAUCGACGCGGGCGCAUGUCACUGA